ACAAACACACAAAUACAUACACAUAUAUAUAUAUACAUAUGUUAAUAUACAAUGAAAAUGCAGUUUCCACUUAAAAUAUUACUAACAAUGGCUGGCGCACUCAUUGCAUUGUAUCUCUGCCCGCCCGCAGAAUAGUUUGCCCAGCAGCUGGGCCAGAUCCAUUAACAUGCCCCUAAUGGACUCCGUAGGGGAAUUGCAGUCAUCCGAUGGCUUUACAGCUGCUACGACUCCUGCUGCAGAGGCUGCCACUUUACCCAUGGAUCACAUUCGGCGACGCAGAGAGAUGAUGUCGUGCCAAAUCGCUCUAGCCGAUGUCAACGUUUUGCAUAUGCCCUGCGACAUGGAUCUACCGAAUCUGCCCAAAUAUAUCGAGACAUUGCCCAAUCAAUGCAUUUGCGCCUACAACACGCGCUUUCAAUCCGAGCAGGAUUAUCGCAACUUUAAAAUCUUACAGCUCGAGAGUUUCUUCUUUGGCCAAUAUGCGGAACGCUUCAAGCGCUUCGAACUGGAUCCCCAUCAAUUCGACUACCGAGGCUGAACCAUGC